GAGCCAAGUACUACAGAUGAUCAUCGAUAUCUAAGUCAUGAACAAUAUGAGCACUCAAAUCGCAGCCUGUUCACCUAUCAAGAUAGACUCGGAAGCUGGAUCCGAAGUCGACCCACUAGGAAUCGGUGCUCCAUUACCUGUAUCUCAGGUCACCUCAAACCCACCCGAGCCAUCGUCAUCAAAAGCUCCACCACACGUCAAAAUAUACCUCCAAGAUGAUUGUCUGAAGCACCGCUUCAUCCGCUCACGAGAUACCUCAGCCAUCGUGGAGCGACCCGAACGUUUGCGCGCCGUCAAGAUUGGGCUCGCUGCUGCCAUAGCGCGUAUCGAAGAAGCCGAAGGUGCUCUGAAAAACUCAGAGUCACACGCAGACAUCUCCGUAGAGGAUCAGCUGGCUGCUGCACUUGACAAGAUGGAUAUCGCUACAUCCGAUGGCGGGCUUAUUCGAGCCCGAAGUAUUUCUAUCGCAAGGAGCACGGCUACGGUUGAUCUGUUGGAUAAUGCUGCUGUGAAAUACGUGCAUGGAGAUAUAGACGGGGAUGUGUAUCUUCGGAACUUGAAAGCGUGGGCGAGGGAUAGCGAAGAUAAUAUUACGAAGAAGGGGUCGGAAAUGCCGGAGGGUAUGCCACCACUUGACCUAUUUCUAUGUCCCUCCUCGAUCGACGCUAUCCAAGGUGCUAUUGGUGCCGUGUGUCAAGCAGUGGAUGCAGUCAUUGCAUCUACUCGCAUAAGUGCUUCUGUUGUAGCUACCGGAUCUCAACGAGCAUUUGUAGCAGUGAGACCGCCAGGCCAUCAUUGCGGUGAAGAUACCCCUUCCGGAUUCUGUUUUGUCAACAAUGUAGCGGUUGGCGCAGCUCAUGCACACCUCAAGCAUGGGAUUAAACGUGUUGUGAUAUUGGACAUUGAUUUGCAUCAUGGGAAUGGCACACAAUCGAUAGUGUGGCAAAUCAAUGAGGAGACCUACCGACAAACGCUCGAGUCUGAACAAUCACCUUCGGAACCGAACGCACCACCUUUCAAACACGGUCCGCAGAUAUUCUACGGCUCAAUACACGAUGUUCUCUCUUUCCCAUGCGAGGACGGUAAAGCGUCUUUUGUUCAAGCGGCGUCAACGUCAAUACACGGACCGCAUGGACAGCACAUCGAGAACAUACAUCUGCAGACUUACAGCUCCGAAGCAUACUUUUGGGAUGUCCUCUACAAAGAACGAUAUUCUGUGCUGCUGAAGACAGCGUCGCAGUUCCUUGACAGUACUGGUGGACCAGGAGAUGAUGUCAUGGUGUUCAUCAGUUGUGGGUUCGACGCCUGUGAACACGAGUAUCCAAGCAUGUCUCGUCAUAAUCGAAAAGUGCCUACGAGUUUCUAUCACCGACUUACUCGCGACACGUGUGCUUUUGCCGAUGUGUAUGCUCGUGGACGCGUCGUGAGCGUGCUGGAAGGCGGGUACAGCGAUCGUGCCCUGAGUAGCGGGGCAAUGGCACAUGUAUGUGGACUCGUUGUGGACACGAUACAGGUGGAUGAGAGGUGGUGGGAGUUGGAAAACCUCGUCAAGCUCGAGAAAGCCACAAAAGCCCGUAAACUCGGGCGCCUUUCGCUUGGAGAUUCCGAUUCCGAGCCGUGGCUUACACGUACCACAGAGCUCCUCUUCCAUCUCGACGUCUACCGUACCCCGCCACAGCCAUCACGGAAUUGGGUGCUUCCAACAUCGAUGACCCUACGCGAGCGUAAGAAGCCUUCGAGCAACAGCAGCACAACCGAGGUGGCUCGCAACCCCAGGAAGGGUACACACACACCAGCGCCUAUGUCUAGUAGUUCUUCGACUUCUACAUCUGCGUCUGAGAAUGAGGCUGUGAGCCCUCUCAUGGCGAAGAAGGUCCCUCGAGUGAUUUUGCAUGUUAGGCCGCCUGCGGGCACGUCGUGAUGGCGGGGUAUACGAUUUUGUACUUAUUAUUGGAAGCUUUUAAUCUAAUGUGUACUUGUUACUGUGAUGUGAACAGUAAUUUUGCUAUUAAUAUUAGUCUCGGUCGCGCAGAAGAUCAUGCCAAUUGUUCUUGGACCUGAAUCUCAAGGCGUCAACGUCGAUCACUCGUAGGCGACAGGCUCGAUUGCAGGCACUUUUACACCGUUGUAUUAUACUUGGUCACGCAUCGAUAGAAAAUUGGCUUUAAGCAUCACCAUAUUUUUAGGGUAGCUAAAAAUGCAGAUUGCAGC